AUGAGUCGUCAACCUCAAAAGAAAAUCACAAGUGAGAGUGAUGAAAUUGUGUAUGGUCCUCCACCACCACCACCACCACCACCGCAAUCAUCUGUUGAUUCUCAGCUUCAUGGGGAUCUUCUUGAGUACUUAUUUUCAUUCCUACCGAUCAAAGAUGCAGUACAGGUUGGUACUGUGUCGACCAGAUUCAAGGAGGCCUGGCAAAUGAAUCGAAAGUUGCUGUUUGGCUCAGACUUUGCAGCAAGAUUUAAUCAACAAGAGCUCGUGGAUUUGGUUGAACGAGUCUUCGAAUUCCACAAGGCUCCAGAGAUCCAAGCUUUCGUCUUGCACAUUGAUCCACAGGGAAUAGAAGCUUUGAUAGAGAAAUGGCUUGGGAUAUGUAUUCUUAAACGAAUCAAAGAACUGGAACUCGAAUUUUCCCAGCCUUUUCUUCUAAACUCUAAUUUUCUCGACAUCCGAACACUUGAAACCCUGAAACUCAACAACUGUGAAAUCCAACUGCCACAAUCCUUACCUGGCCUGAAAUUCUUAAACAUUAUUGUUCUGGCAAGAAUCCAACUCACUGAAAACCAUCUCAAAACUUUGUUAUCUAACUGUAAGCUUCUCAACACCUUAGAUAUAUCAGAAUGCCUGGGAAUAAGUGUUAUGGAUAUCUGUGCGAGGGACAAUAGCAACUUAAAAACCUUAAAAAUCGCUUAUUGCCCUAGCCUGGAAGAGAUCAACAUCAAUGUCCCAAGCCUGAAGUCCAUAUUUUAUCGUGGGGCUGUGAUUAGAAUUCAAUUUGAAAGGGCUUUACCAUUGAAGGACGCAUUCUUCAAAUUUUAUCCUUCCAGGGGAUACUUGCUGUCUCACAAGGUCGAUCGUCUGGUCCACGACCUCUUUUACGUCACUGUCCUCACAACCUCCAGUAAUUUCAUUGAGCCAUUGGCCCCGAGAGUUAGAGAUGGAGAAUAUAGAGAAGCGUAUUUUUGCUUAGCAUUGCUGAAGGAGCUUCAGAUAAUCAUGGAGGGAGGACUGUUUUGCAAUCCAUAUGAUAUUGCUGUGUUUCUGAAAAGCUGUCCAUGUUUGGAGACGUUGUUCAUCGAUCUGAAUGGUUACAAUUUUGAAUGUGGAUUGUACUGGAAACUGAAUGAAAAACCUUUGCUGGACAAGUUCAAAUAUGGGUUCAAUCGGCUGAGGUUCGUAAAGUUGAUAGGAUUUACGUUUGCACAGUAUGAAAUAGAAUUGGUGAAGGUGCUGCUUCAGAAGUCUCAGAAUCUGGAGGCUAUGGUGUUCGUGCUGCCCAGGAACCACCGUACGAGGUUGGGUCGUGCCACAGAUGCAAAAUCUUAUAACAAGCAAUUUCGAUCCUGGACUGUGUCAAAGAAAGCCAAAAUGUUUCUGUACGAAUCUCAUAAUGAUCGAAGCAUGUCUCCAUCCCAUUCAAAGUUUUAG